GCAAACACAGGCUAAUCGCCGCUCAAACGCAAUGCAUAAAUUGGCAGCCAAAUUGAAGCGGCAGGCACCAGUCUCGCACCAGACAGACCCGCUCCAAGUACGACGCCUGCCCGACACUGUCAAGCACCCGCAGAAUAUAUACAGAUAUAGAUACGCCUCUAUUUGAGCAGCAAUAAGCAUUUAAUAGGCAGCUGUUUGCAGUAACGACCGAUUCGGAGCUAAAAGAUGAGAUUGGUUAUAUUGGAAACGAGCCAAUCGGUUGGCAUGUGGGCAGCCAAGUAUGUGAUGAAGCGCAUCAAUGACUUCCAGCCGGGUCCCAACAGAUACUUUGUGCUGGGCCUGCCUACUGGCUCUACCCCGCUGGGAAUGUACAAGGAGCUUAUUGAAUUCCACAAGCAGGGAAAGGUCUCCUUUCAGUAUGUAAAGACCUUCAAUAUGGAUGAGUACGUGGGUCUACCCAGAGAUCACCAGGAGAGCUAUCACUUCUUUAUGUGGCACAACUUCUUCAAGCACAUUGAUAUAGAACCACAAAAUGUCCAUAUAUUGAAUGGAAAUGCUCCCGAUCUGGUGGCCGAGUGCAACAAGUUCGAGGAGCAGAUCAAGGAGGCCGGCGGCGUGGAGCUGUUUAUUGGCGGCAUUGGUCCUGAUGGUCACAUCGCCUUCAAUGAGCCGGGAUCGUCGCUGGUCUCACGUACGCGUGUGAAGACCCUGGCGCAGGAUACGCUGGAAGCGAAUGCCCGGUUCUUCGACAACGACAUGAGCAAGGUGCCCAAGCAGGCUCUCACAGUUGGCGUUGGCACUGUGAUGGACUCUAAGGAGGUGAUGAUUCUCAUUACGGGCGCCCACAAAGCCUUUGCCCUGUACAAGGCCAUCGAGGAGGGCGUCAACCAUAUGUGGACGGUCAGCGCCUUCCAGCAGCAUGCCAACACACUGAUGAUCUGCGACGAGGAUGCCACGCUGGAGCUGCGUGUCAAGACUGUGAAGUACUUCAAGGGCAUUCUUCGCGAUAUAGACGAAGGCGCCGCCAUACAGGAUGGUUACAAAAACUGAGAUAUGAAUGAUUAAGCAAAAUGAAAUGUGAGACUGCGACAUUGGGAAUAUAAUAUAGUCAAGAGGCUCAAAACUGCCGAAGAGAUGCAAAAAUUAAUUUCUUAAUGAAUAUUAUAUAAACCUGACUGCAGCGCAAAUUUGCUUAAGAGAUGGAAAAUCGGAGAAAAAACUGACCCUCACUGAUGAUCGUUUUCAAAUAUUGUAAAUUUAGGAUUUCGAUCGAAGACUGGACUUCCAAUAUUCCGUAUAAAUUCAUAACAUCAAGAUAAUAAGUACUUCUAAACACUUUUCAUGAUGCAGAAUGCUAUAAGUAUCAAUGCUUUCAGAUUGUUGAGCAUAAUGCACAAAAACUUGGACAAUAGCAAAAAUAAAAAUUCCAAAAUCUAACAGAAAUGUAAACCAAAUGAACUAAAUUAAUAAAAUUUGUAUAUACAUAGAAAAUCGUUUUCUGAACAUA